CCCCUACCGUCACGCCACAGCGGUUCGGCGUCAAAUCGGUUCCCUGUGUGUGGCAUCACCGCGCGGGGAGGGGCUCCGCACUUCAUUGGCUGCUACUGUAAAACAGCUUUUUUGCGGUGGACGUGCGUGGAGCUCUGGCCUUUUCACUAGUGCGAAAGCCCGGACUUUAGGAUGGUUUCUAGAGGACUUUAGCUCCUCUUUGAACGAGCUUCAUAUUUUUAUACCCCUUACGUCCCUCGCGCUCGUUGAACCGGGAGGAGAUGCGGCCAGAAAGCGGCGGGCUCAGCGCUCGGACGCUGCAAUAAGAGCAGAGGAGCAUGUAACCGGGACAACACACCGGCUGCGGCGGAGGCACCACCACCACCUGACACCCCUACACCUCUCUCUGCAUCAUUCCUCGAGGCUCCCCCAUGAGCUAGAUAACCGUUCUGGAUUACUUUGUAUUCUGUCUUCAGGAAAAUGAGCGAAGACGUGUCGGAGGUCUCGAAAGAGCUGCUGGAGAGCGUGAGGGAUUCUGUGGGGAGGAAGGUGAAGCUGUCCCUGAGGAAAAGAGUCAAGAUGGAGGUCAAGGGAGAUAAGACGGAGAACAGAGUGCUGGCUCUUGCAUCCUACCGUGUCUACCUCUUGACAGCACGAAUCCCUACUAAGGUGGAACACUCCUUUAAUUAUCUGGAGAUCCAGGGAGUUGCUUGCAACAAGCCGACACAGCUAUGCAUAGAUUAUGAGCGUGGCUCCUUCUCGUUGAGGCUGCCCUCCACAGAGGAGGUCAAUGAGGUGGUGGCUCACAUAGGGAACUGUCUUCUGAGGAUAUGUCCUGGUCUUCCGCCGACUAAAGUGAUGAAGAAGCUCUCCAUGGAGCCCUCUGACAGGCUGCCCUCUCUGCAGACUCUGUGGGAGAACAACAAGCUGGCUGAACCAGGACCCUGUGGUGGGUUUUCCCAGAUGUACAAAUGUGUGUGCGACUGGUUAGGUCUGCCUUACAGAGAAGAGGUACAGUGGGAUGUAGACACCAUCUAUUUAACACAAGACACCAGAGAACUAAACCUACAAGACUUCAGUCACCUGGAGAACAGGGAUCUGGUAGCUAUAAUAGCCGUCCUGGAGUUUAACCAAUGGUUCACCAAGCUCUCCACCAAGGAUUACAAACUGUCUGCAGAUGUGUGCGAGCAGAUCCUUCGGGUUGUGGCUCGAUCCAAUCGACUGGAAGAGCUCGUUCUGGACAACGCAGGACUCAAAACAGACUUUGCCCAGAAGCUAGCUGCUGCCCUGGCCCACAACCCCAGCACGGGACUGACCACCAUCAAUCUUUCCAACAAUCCCCUGGAGGACAGAGGUGUUUCUUCUUUAGGUGCUCAGUUUGCCAAAAGUCAAAUUGGACUCAAACAUCUAAACUUUUCCAGAACCUCACUGUCACCCAAAGGUGUGAAUAGCUUAUGCCAGUCACUGAGUGCCAACCCGUCCAUACCCACCAGCCUAGUCCAUCUGGACGUCUCAGGGAACAUGCUCCGAGGAGACGACAUGCAGCAUUUCUACAACUUCUUAGGUCAGCCCAACAGCCUAACAACACUUGACCUCUCCAACACAGACUGCUCACUGGACCAGGUUUGCUCAGCUCUGCUGCGAGGCUCCGUUCAGCACCUCUCUGUUCUCAACGUGUCCAAGAGCAUCUUCCCACUCAGGAAAGGCAAAGAGGUGCCUCCAUCGUUUAAGCAUUUCUUUAGCAGCGCCGCAUCCAUCAGCUCCAUCAACGUGUCAGGAACCAAGCUGCCGGCAGAAGCUCUCAAAGCUCUCCUGCUUGGUCUUGCAAGUAAUCCCAACCUGAAGGACGUGUCUCUGGACCUCAGCUGCUGCGAGCUCGGCCAUUGUCUGCGAUCUGGAGGCUCUCAGAUCCUUGAAGGUUGUAUCGCUGAGAUCCCAAAUAUCUCCAGCUUGGAUAUCUCAGAUAAUGGUCUGGACUCUGAGCUUUCAACUCUCCUGGUUUGGUUAGCCAAGAACCGCUCCAUCAAACACCUGUCUCUGGGCAAGAACUUCAACAACAUUAAGUCCAAAAACCUCGCUCCAGUUUUAGACGGCCUGGUCCAGAUGAUUCAGGAGGAGGAGUCGAGCGAUCUGACCAUCGUUCUCAACGCCCUGGGCAGCAACUCCUCACUGACCCGGCUGGACAUCAGCGGGAACGCCAUGGGAGACAUGGGCGCCAAGAUGCUGGCAAAGGCGCUGCAGAUCAACUCCAAACUCAGGACUGUGAUCUGGGAUAAAAACAACACCAGCCCUCAGGGUCUACAGGAUGUAGCAGCUGCCUUAGAGAAGAAUUUCACAAUCCGCUUUAUGCCAAUCCCCAUCAUUGAUGCCUCCCAGGCUCUGAAGGCGAGCCCUGAAAAAACAGAGGAUGCUUUGUUAAAGAUUGAAAAUUAUUUAUAUAGGAACCAAGAAACAAAGAAACACUUGCAAGAGCAGGCGUAUCGACUUCAGCAGGGCAUUGUUACCACAACCACGCAGCAGAUGAUGGACCGGAUUUGUGUGAAGGUGCAGGACCAUCUGAACUCCCUGAGAAACUCGGAUGCAGACACAAUCUUGGAAGACGUGAGAUCAGCUGAGAACCUCAUCAAAGAUGCCAGAAACUCUAAAACUCUGCUUCCCAACCUCUACCACCUCAGCUCAGAGUCCAGAGAGGAGAUGAACAGUUUGUCCAUUGGUCCCAUUCAGGAGAAGCUGGAGUCCAUGGCAGGAGAGCUGACUACGGUCGUGGACCAGCAGCUCCAGAGUUUAUUGGAGUCCAUGAUGGAUGCAGCAGAGUCUCUGUGUCCUCAUGUUAUGAAGAGGAGUAACCUUCGUCCAGAGCUGAUGAAGGCCAGCUCUGACAGGAUGGUUGUGCCUAAAAGCUUUGUUACCAAAACUCUUCUGGAGCAGUCAGGGAUGGAUAUUAUCAACAAGAUCAGUGAGGUGAAACUAAGUCUGGCCUCCUUUGUUACGGAUCGGAUCGUUGAUGAGAUUUUGGAAGUUCUCUCUGCAUCUCAGCUCACUCUGGCUGACCACUUGGUUCGACGAGGUCGCCCUUUGGUGCAGCACGAGUCAGUGGAUCUGGACGUCCCAGAGGAAAAGAUUCGCAAACGAGCAUCAGCCGAAAUACUGGAGGCUGAGAGGCUGGACGAUCUGGAGGCCUGCAUGACUCUGUGCUGCACCAGUAUGACUCCAAAAUCCAAAAGGAAAAGCAUCCACAGCAGAAUGCUACGCCCAGUAUCUCGUGCUUUUGAGAUGGAGUUUGACCUGGAUAAGGCUCUGGAGGACGUCCCCAUGCACAUGGAGGACACUUCCACCCCAUCCCACACUCCCUCCACUCCACCUGUGGUGACGCCCAAACAGGAGCAGCAGCAGCCAGGAGUGAUCGCAGAGCUGCCAUCAGAGGAGGAGAAGAAACUGCAGCACUUCACCAAACUACGACCUCGGAGGAACAAGAAAACAAAUUCCAGCAAAGUGCCUCAAAUCAACAGCACUCCAUCUCAAGAUGGGGAACAGAAUGGACUGAUGGGCAGAGUGGAUGAAGGAGUGGAUGAGUUCUUUUCCAAAAAAGUCACUAAGAUGAGUUCCAGACGGUUUUUGAGGAGUUCAGACUCUCAGGAUGGAGAGAAAAAGAAGAGUAAAGGAGGAUUUCUGAACCUCAUCAAGCGAUCUUCUAAAUCUGAUAAAGCAGAUAAGUCGGAUAAGUCCGAGAAAAACCAAGCAGCUCCAGCCUCCUCUGGCUCAUCCUCAGGCUCUGCAGCCUCUGCUCCGACUCACAUCAUCCCAGAGGAGCCCUCCUCUCCAAAGACGGGGGCCAAAAGCCCAGCACCUGAACCCAGAUCCAGAGAUGCGUCCAGCCGCUCACAGCCCACCGACUACAGCAGCAGCUCCGACCGCUCAGAGGAGCUGAGGACACCAGACUCCAUCGAUGAGCCGUGGGAGGGCUCUGAUGGCAGGGGGAGUCCUCAGGGAGGGAAGCGGUACACCGGAGUGCAGAUGAUGGGCAGCGGCCUCCUGGCAGAGAUGAAGGCCAAACAGGAGAGGAGAGCUUACAAGUCUUCCAGCCCUGACAGGCCUGACAGCAGCCCAGCAGUCAAACCUCAGUCCACCAGUACAGAGAGUAGAUCUCCCAGUGGCUCCAGUAACAGAACCAGCCCUGCUGCCUCUGAAAAGUCCUCAACACGCGGUGAGGCAAAGCCCGACCCUGCCACUCGCAUCAGGGCGACCUCUUCCUCGAGUUCUCCUGUCGGCUCCGGAAACCCCAAACCACCGGUGCCACAGGGAGCCAAGCCCGCUCUGGCUGCACGACCUACCAUCCCUCAGAAGCCGAGGACCAGCAGCAGCAGCAGCAGCAGGACUGCAGAUGAUGGCUCAGAGUCUCCCAGGAGCGGCAGCGUGUCUCCAAAAGUUCUGCAUUUAACACUGAAGAAGGGGUCGUCUGAAAAAGACAAGGAAAGCACUGACACUCAGGAGGCACGAUCAGAAGCCGUUCAGCGCCAGACGCUCAGCAACAGCUCUGAGGAUUCCGGCUCCCUCAAGAACAAAGACAAAUGUCCAAACGCAGACAAGGAAAAAGCAACGAGCAAGAAAGCCUCCAGCUCUGGAGACGAAGGAGACUUUAUUAUAACAUGAGUGUGUUGAAAAGAAAAGCACCUGAAGUGUUUGUGUAACAGUUUGGGGUCUUUGUCUGAGCUGACUGGUGGAUUAUGGGAACAUCACACCAUCUAAUCAAAACACUGUGCUAAAACUUACAAGAGCUUCCGCCUCACAGACCGCCUUCCCUCUCUAUCCGCUUUGGUUUGACUCACUUUUCUUACUAACUGUUCAGGGUUUGAAUCAAAGUCGGCAAAACUAUUUUACUCA